UUCCACUUUAUUCAGACCCCCUUUGGCUGCCUGUUCUCAGUCAGGGACAGUGUGCGCUUGUGGUGUGCAGCGUUAUCUGUCUCUGAUCCACAAUGCCAAGACUCGUUUUACCAAAUCCUGGCUUGGAAGAUCGAAUUCUCUCCUAUGAAGAGCUGGAGAGGAAGGAGGUAGAGGAAGUAGAUGACCGACCCAAAUGGGACAACAAAGCUCAGUACAUGCUAACAUGUAUUGGAUUUUGUGUGGGAUUAGGAAAUGUGUGGCGUUUCCCCUAUCUGUGUCAGAGCCAUGGUGGAGGGGCAUUCAUGAUCCCGUUUCUCAUUCUACUGGUUCUUGAGGGUGUUCCUCUGUUACACCUGGAGUUUGCCAUCGGACAGCGGCUACGCAAAGGCAGUGUGGGUGUCUGGAGUUCCAUUCACCCAUACUUGAAAGGAAUGGGUAUAGCAUCAAUGCUGGUCUCAUUCCUGGUUGGCUUAUAUUACAACAGUAUAAUCGCCUUGGUUAUGUGGUACUUCUACAAUUCAUUCCAAGAGCCACUGCCCUGGAGUAUCUGCCCAAUGACAGAAAACAAAACAGGAUUUGUUGAUGAAUGUGUCAGGAGUUCUCCAGUAGAUUAUUACUGGUACAGGGAAACCUUAAACAUUUCUUCUACAAUCAAUGAUUCAGGUGACAUCCAGUGGUGGCUAUUACUCUGUCUGAUAAGUGCUUGGGCAGUGCUGUAUGUAUGCACAAUCAGAGGCAUUGAAACAACUGGCAAGGCUGUUUAUAUUACCUCUACUCUCCCCUACCUUGUCCUUACCAUCUUCCUGAUUCGAGGACUGACAUUAAAAGGAUCUGUCGACGGAAUAAAAUUUCUCUUUACACCAAAAGUGGAAGAAUUGGCAAAUCCAACCACAUGGUUAGAUGCCGGAACACAAGUUUUUUACUCAUUCUCUUUGGCUUUUGGGGGUCUCAUUUCCUUCUCCAGUUAUAAUUCUGUUCACAACAAUUGUGAGCGAGACGCUGUGAUAAUCUCUGUGAUCAAUGGCUUCACUUCAGUGUAUGCAGCCACAGUAAUAUAUACCAUCAUAGGUUUCCGAGCAACAGAGAAAUUUGACACAUGUUUUGAUAACAAUAUGUUGAGCUUGACUAAUGCUUUUGAUCUGGCGGAAACCAAUCUGACCAGAGAGAACUAUAAAGAUGUCCUUGACUACUUGAACAGUACUUAUCCAGAGAAGGUUUCAACGCUGGAUUUGAAAACCUGUAAUCUGCAAUCCUUUCUCAGUCAGGGUGUCGAAGGCACUGGAUUGGCCUUUAUUGUCUUCACGGAAGCUAUUACAAAAAUGCCCGUCUCUCCAUUGUGGUCCAUCUUGUUCUUUGUAAUGUUAUUCUGUCUUGGACUUUCGUCGAUGUUUGGGAAUAUAGAAGGUGUAUUGGUACCAAUUCAAGAUAUGAAAGUCUUCCCAAAGAAGUGGCCCAAAGAACUUAUUACUGGCCUGAUUUGUAUAGUGUGCUUCUUCAUUGCUUUCAUAUUUAUCAUAAAUUCGGGAAACUACUGGCUGGCCCUUUUUGACACCUACGCUGGCUCUAUCCCCCUGCUGAUCAUCGCUUUCUGUGAGAUGGUGUCCGUCGUGUAUAUUUAUGGCAUUGACAGAUUCAAUAACGACAUCAAAUGGAUGAUUGGGCACAAGCCAAAUAUCUUCUGGCAAGUCACAUGGAGAUUCAUUAGUCCCCUCAUAAUGUUGGUCAUAUUCCUGUUUUAUUUUGUAAUUAAAGUGAGAGAGAAGCUGACGUACAUUGUCUGGAAUCCAGAGUAUGAAGAUUUCCCCAACCUCGAGGAGAAGCUUUAUCCUUCAUGGGUGACGGUGGUCAUUGUCAUUCUGGCUGGAGUGCCGAGUUUAGCCAUACCUUGUACAGCCUUGUACAUGUUUAUCAGGAAUCGGUGCCGGAAGAAUGACGACAAGCAGGGUCUGGUCCAUUCAACAUCAGUCGCUUCAGUGAAUGGAACACAGAUUAAAAUUUAACUCCACAAACCAACAAAGGCUAUUUGCACUACUUGCUUAAUUUCACAAAUGCUGAAUUCAAACCCAAAAAAAAGUGCAUUACUGGAAUGUGGCAAAUAUCUGAAUUUCUUCAUUUUUUAAUUUUAAAGCAGUAUUUUUCGAUAUGAUGAUGCUGUGCAUAACUUCCUGGCUCAUCAUUACUUCAAGAAAUGUCCACUUGUUUAUUUGUAUCUUAAUGGAGAAACGGGUCAGAAACAGAGGUUGGAUACCUUUGAAUUGUUAUGUUGGACCAUUAAGUGAAAGGGAUAUUUAUACUGCCAUUUAAGUAUUGCAGCCUUUAAAUUCAUGUUUUUAGCACCUUAGGAUAUUUCACUGUACAGAUGGUGCUAGAUAAAUGCAGGUUGUUGUUGUUGGUGUUGAUGUUGUUAUUUCAGAUCGGCAUUUGUCAGGGGACCAAUACCUGUAAGCCAUAAACCAGUAAAACAUGCACAAUUCUUUCCUGUCACUGUUGUUAACAUGCUGAGCAGAGGUGAAGCAACGGGGCAUCUUACCAAUUUAAGCCAGGACUUUUCCUAGAAUUUCAAUGAAAAGACAACUUUCAAUUCAGAUGAUUUAGGGGACCCCCUGUAUGAAUUGAUGUGCUAUCUCCUUCUGGAUACCAGCCCAAAAAAGCCUCUUCGAUACGUUUCGAGACCAACCUGGAAGGGAUACCUCUUCCAAUUUCUGAUUUGCAAAAUCAAAGGUUAAUGAUUCAAAAGGCUAGAAGGGCCAGUGAUGAUAUUGUGGACUUUGCUGAUUGUACUUACCAGUCAGACAUGAAACAAUGAGAAUUGUGAACAUGCUCACAAUGCAGGGGGACUGUGAAAAACAAAGAGAAAGCUGAGAGCACUUGCAGGUCCUUGUACAGACCAUAUUGAAGUUAAUAAAUCUUAAUCAUCCUGCCUGACUGAAUCUUGAUGAUUUUUGAUGCACUACGGAAACACAUCAAGGUUCCUUUCAACAGCACUUUCCAAACCCAUAACCACCGUGAAACAAUCAGACAGCAGAAUCACAAGAGCACCACCACAACACACAAGUGCCCCUCUGAACCACACACCAUCCUAACAUGGAACCAUAUCACAAUUUCUUCGCUGUUGCUCGAGCAAAACUCUGGAGAUCCCUUCUUAAUAGCGCUGUUAAUUGCCUUGCAAGCAAGGCGCACAUUCCAUGAAUGAUUUUCUUUUUAAAGUGAAUGCAGGGAAUAAUUUUGCGUAUUUAUUUCCUUCAGAUUUCAGCAAUGUUUGAAAGAAAGUUAGGGGAUAACCACUUUAACUUUUGAUCCAAAAUAAAGUUCGUGCUCUCAAGAAAA